CGGGUAGGGUUUCACGCUGAGGAAAACAGGCAACCUUCACUCCCCUGGCCCAUCUCGCUGCCGAGCGCCCCGACGGCCCAACCCCGUCGCUCGUCUUCCUCCUCGAGCGAGCGCCGCCACCCCCUCCCUCCCCGUCCCGCUGCCGAGCGCCCCAGCUCCGUCGCUCGUCUUCCUCCUCGUGCGAGCGCCUCCACCGCAGGGCGGCCGCCCUACCUUGCACUACCGGGUCCCCCGCCCUUGUGCACAUCCACAUCGAAAAUCGUAGCUCCGCCCAAUGGACGCAGAGCAUUUGGAACGGGAAAACCGGCACCUUAAGAAGAAGAGGAAGCAUCGUGAGGGCAAGGCCAAGGAUAAAUCAAAGCAUGGUGAGGAGGCUGUGAUAAGCAUUGUGGAAGAGGAAGGCCACAAGAGCAAGAAACAGAAGUGCCGCAGUAAGGGGGAGAAGAACAAUGUGAACAGUUCAGACGUUUUUGGUAGCACAAAUCACGGUGUUGGUAAGGAGCAGGCCGAAAAGUCAGGCUGGAUGGCAGUAAAACACUGUUUGGAGCAUGCCGAAGGUGAUACAAGCAAAGCUAAUGUGAAGAAAGACAAGAGAAAAAAUAAGGAGGAUAAGAGGAGAAGAGCUGAGACGACUGGGCAGAAGCAGACGUUUGAUACUACUGUUGUUAAGGAGGCAUCUGAACAGUCGGACUUGAGGGCGGUAAAUGAUACCAGCAAAGACAAUGUGAAGAAAGACAAGAAGAAAAAGAAAGAAGCUGGGAUGACAAUGCAGAAGCAGAUAUUUCAUACAGCUAUUGCAAAUUUAGGGUCAGAUCAUGCAAAGGGACACAAGGUUGAAGGGAAACUGUCUAGCAAUAGCAAGUUAAAGAAGAGCAAACAGAAGCGUAAAGAUGGUGAGCCUGCUUUAGACAUUUCUAAUUGUGAUCAAAUUGUGACAAGAGAAGAUAAUAAAAGACAGAAGGAGCAUUCGUUUGUUCUAGAACAGAGCAGCCAAAAUGACAAUACUAACAAAGGUGAGAACAGAGAGACCAAGAAGAGGGAAAAUGGAAGUGGCAAAGCAAGUCCAGGCCUUAGCCUGAAUGUGUCUGCUGGGGGAGAGGAAGCUGAUGUAGAUGGUAAGAAUGAUAAGAAGAAAAGGAAGAGCAAGGAGGUCGUUGGAGGAGGAAAAAAGGAGAAAGAAAAGGCAGCUCGGUCAAAUAACAAGGGUAAGCGGGUGAGCUUUGCUGAUUCCAUGGAGGUGUUUACCAUUGAAGGUGGUGAUGAUGAAGACGGUGGUCGCAGUGGUGAAUCUAAACUUGUGCAUGGAAAGCGGUUUACCCCAGAGGAAGAUACCAUCCUCAUGGAAGCUAUGAAGAAUUAUGCAGAGAUGAAGCAACUGGGGGAGAAAGGCUUGGAAAUGUUUCGUAAUUCUUCAAAACACCCAGAGCUCAAGGGCUGUUGGAGUGAUAUAGCGAAAUCGUUACCCCAUAGACCCCUUGGUGCCACAUACAGACGAGCGAAUGUAUUACUCUGUAGGAGUGCUGAACGUAAAUGGACACAGGAAGAAUAUGAACAGAUUCGACGGUUUGUCCAAGAAAAUGGCACGGAUUGGAAGACACUGGCACAGGAACUUGGAAAGAGUCGUAUCCAUGUAAAAGACGCUUGGAGAAGAAUAAAACCUAAGAAUUUGAAAAAAGGAAGAUGGGCUCAGGAGGAGAUUCAAAUCCUGUUUGAUUUGGUGAACAUUGACUUGCGUCUGAAAGCCCGUCAAGAGAAAAGGAUUGAUGAUCAUCGUGUGCUCAAAGAUAACAUUUCCUGGGAGGCUAUCAGUGAUAAGAUGACCACCCGCAGUCACAAGUUUUGCUGCCUGAAGUGGUAUCAAUCAUUGGCAUCUCCACUUGUUCAACAAGGAAUCUGGGCAGAUGUUGAUGAUUAUCUACUGGUGGAAGCGCUUCAAAAGAUUGAUGCUGUUUGUAUUGAAGAUGUUGAUUGGGACUGCCUUCUCGAUCACAGGUCCGGCGAAGUCUGUCGCCAGCGAUGGAACCAGAUGGUCCGCUUGCUUGGUGGCCACAGGGAGAAGCCUUUCAUCGAACAAGUGGAAGUGCUGUCAAAACGCUACUGCGCAGAUAUGAUCGAAUAUAGGAAGUGAGAGUGUGGGCAUUAUCAUCCAUCAAACUUGUUGUACGGCUCAAGUGAACAGCAUGAUCUCAUAUCUUGCUCGUCGUCGUUUGCUGUAGCCUGUAAAGAUACCUGGCUUUUGGGUUUUAUGGGAUGUCGAAAAGCCAGCAGUUCAAAUCAUCUCAUGGACAUUACAAUAUGUAUACCUGAUGAUGCUAAUCUGGUAAAAAAAAACAGAUGAUGCUAAUCCUUUACUGAUUAGUUAUAUAAUUGUACACUUAAAACUU